UGUUCUGUUUUUGUCAAGAUAUGACGAUUUGAUUGUUGGAGCGCCAUUUUACAGCGUCAAAGGAGAUGAAGGACGCGUCUAUGUUUACCUCAGUUCUGAAAUUCAAUCAGUAAGUGAUGAAACAACAGAUUUGAAAUAAGAUCUGUUUGGGGGAGUGUUGAGUCUAAAAACUUGGCGUAAAGAAAUUGUCACCUUUGUCUCACCCCAUGCAACAUAGCAAUCUGUGAUGCAUUUGAAAUUCAUAGUUAUUAAAUGCGGUGCCCAAGUGAAUUUGUUAUUCUGUAAGUAGGUUAGCUUGUUCGGGAUCAUAAACCUUGGUGUUAGGAAUUUGUAACUUUUCUUAACUUGAUAAUUUAUGAAUUAUUUCACCCAAAAAAGUAAAUAAAAGUAAUUUACAUAAAUUGUCACCUUGGGAAUAAUAUACAAAGUUCCAGGGACGCCGGAAAGUCGAUAAUUGGGGGGGGGCAGAUAUUCAUAUAUUCAUGUUCUGCAUCAUUUAUUUCCUUUGAAAGCGAUUGUUUUUACAGUCUGUGAACACGAAUAUAUGAAUAUCUGCCCCCCCCCCCAAUUAACAACUUUCCGGCGUCCCUGCAAAGUUCGGUCAUUCUGUGAAAUUUUGUGUAAACGUUUAAUUGUUAUCUUGUAGGGUCAAGGUCGUCGAGUGUUAACUUUGUCAUCUGGUGAAAAUAGUCUUGACCCAGGAUUACGUGGUAGCAACACUAAAGGCGCGAGAUUUGGCUGGUCACUUGCUAAAGCAGGAGAUCUUAAUAAUGACGAGAUCCAAGGUACAUCGUGUUUAACAAACGAACGAACGAACGAACGAACUGUGCCAGCGUAGGUAUUGACAAUGAGGUUCAGAUUUGACUUCUACUGCCGCUACCACUGGCUUAGUACGCGUUUGAUUGAUUAAUCAGAUAUAGUAAAUGCAUCUGAUUGGUUAAUGGUCCCUUAAUGUUAGCGGUAGGCAAAUCUGAACCUCUGUAAUAACACCAGAAAACUGGGAAGGGAUUCCACUACCUGAAAAAUACAAAUAAAACUUCAACGUUUCGAGAGAAGGGCCUUCGUCGGGAAGUUAGGUAUCGGGACAUAGUUAGUGUCAAAGUUCAAUUUUUCUGUUUGCUGAUUGGUCAAAACUGUAUCACGUGCCGGUCCACAAAACGUCAUGUUCGGCAACCGGUCCACAAUGAAACAAUUAUUGACCGGUCAAUAAUAAAAUAGGUGCAAUACGCAUGCGUGUCAACCAUGAAGUUCCAAAAUUCAUAAGGUAAAGCAGUGUGUUUUGUGGCCCCUCGACCGCCGUUGUUGCCCUCGACUUCGCCUCGGGCAACAACGGCGGUCUCGGGUCCACAAAACACACUGUUUCCCUCGGUCUCAGUAAAUAAGUGAUAAAUGUGCUUGCAUACCAAACAAAGGCAGAGUCUGAUCACGAGAAUUUACCAGAAAAAGUAUAACGAAUAGCCUUCGCUCGAAACGUCAAAGUUUUUGCUAUAUUUUCAAGUAGUUGUAUCAUCUGCACAAGUUCAAGAUCUGAUCGCAGAGAAUCAUCCAUUUUAAAGAAAAGUUUCUGUAAAAUGUGCUUAAUGUGAAUAAUUUUCACUUUUAAAAAGCAGGUCAUGCAAGGCUACAAAAUAUUUUAAUUCUUUAGAAAACCUUGGGUAAUAUUGCAUGCCAGUCUUUAAAGAGGAACCAAGUAGGAACUCCAUAGAAUUUUAACGUCCUGAAAAGAGUUUUUAUAUAAACAAAAGUAGAAUUAUAUUUCUAUACCAAAUAUUCACACCAUGAUCAUGUGUUGUUGUAUUUUCUACAGGAAGAACUUUUUUCUCGCAUGCGAUCCAUUUUAAGCUGAGCCACUACUUCUUUUUUAACCCUCAUGAAACGAUCAAAAUGCUGUGGAUAUCUUAGACUAUCAAAAUGCUGUGGGUACCUUAGACUGCAUAGCCAUACUAAAUUGUAUAUUAAUUAUCAGUGUUCUUUUAUUUCUAAGAUUUUAUUGUUGGGGCACCACAAGAUCAACCAGAUCUGGACGGUGAUGGUUUUGGAAAUGGAGCAAUAUAUAUUUAUCAUGGCAGGAGAGAUGGGAAAUUUGAUAAAUAUCAACAGGUUUGUUUAUUGUAUACAUUUAAACACGAUAUAUACAUGACUGUAUUCCUUCUCCGGUGAUACGUCAAUCUCGUACCCAGAGCAGUGCCGCGCGGGCCAGGAAGGCAUUGGCUCUGGGGAAAUUGACAACCGGAACCCCUAAAUUUAGGGGUUCCGGUUCUUUGUCGGCAUGCACGAUUGAUAAACGUUAAACCAAUCACAGCACAGGAAAAAUUCAAUUUCCCCAGAGCCAAUGCCAUCCCAGCCCGCGUACAGGCAUUGCUCUGGGUACGAGAUUGGUGAUACGUAGAAUAUCACUAGCAGAAAGAAGCCGAUAAACUUGAAAGAGUUUGACAAUAGGUGUUUGCAUAACACAGUGCCAUCUAGUCGAGAUCCACUGAUCUGAAUAUUUCUUAAUUUGUUUUUUCAUUGUUUUGAAAAUCUCGCUGUAGUUCUCAUUUUUAGUGUGAAACUUCACAAUAUUGUGAUUAGUGGGGAAAAUUCAAACGAAUCAGUCAGUAAAAUCUUUUAUUGCCUCCAUUACGGUACUGAAGAGUUACAAAAUAUUUAAAUAUUAAUUAUAUAGAUAAAAUAUAAGAAAGCUGUCUUUAAGCUAAUUUGCAUAUCAGUUACACAAUGUCGACUACAGUCAAUGAAAACCUCUCACCCAAAGGGUUCAAAGAGUGAAUUUUGCAUGCAAAAAGAAAUGUACUCAGCGCAUCGUAACCAAAAGUCAGUGUUCAGACUGUCCAUGAUUAUAGCUAAACUCGCCGGCUUACCACCAGUAAUUAACUGAACAAAUUGGUCAUCGUCCAAGAAAUUAAGAAGUACCAUUAUAUCUCCAGAUAAGUUAUCUGUGGUCCACGUCCACCAAUAAUACUCUCUCUGGUUUGCAGUGUUCAUACAAUAUAGAAAAGCAUGAUGUACAGGAUUGAUCACACACCUUUGACAGAAGGAACAAUAAAACGAAUGCGAACAGUUAUAGUUCUCAAUCCUGAUACCAUCGAUUCUAAGAGAGCCACAAAGCAGACGAAUCACAUCGACUACGAUAUUUGAAUUCAUUGGAGCAAAAUCCCAGAUUUCAUACCAAAAACUAAUGUUUAAAUGUUGAUGUGCUUGCAUAUACAGCUUUAAAACCGGUUUUUGGUUUAGUUUUUCAGACCAAGCCAACUCUUCUUUUCUUUGCACAGCUUCACUUACAAUCCUCUUCCAUUGCUUUUUCGUCGGAAAACUCUCUGAUGUUAUAAAGUUCGUCAUGAAAAUCAUAAGUCCAUACUUUUCCAAAAUUCUAAUGAGAUCGGGAAUAAAUCCAUCUACAGCGUCACAUCUCCACUUCCAUUUUAUUAACCGACGUACAAAUAAUUUCUUGAAGGCUUGUGUUGAGCUGGAGUUGAUGAUACGACCCAAAAAAUACAGCUUUUUCCUACUGAUGUCCGUUUCUAUUCUGCCAAGACCCAUUAGGCCUCUUGCUGCUGAUCCUGAAAUGCCUGGAAGUAGCGAUUGUGCUAUCCGACAAAAUAUAUUUUGGAUUUUCUCAAGUUUAGAGAACUGUUUCAUAGUUAAGUACCACAAUUUACAACCAUACAGCAGAUGCGGAAGGGCAAUUCUUCUCCACAGCUUAGUUGCUACCUUGGGGUUCAGGCCGCCAUGCCGACACCCCAUAGUUACCAUCAUAUCAAUUACUGCAUAGCCUUUCUUCAGCACGAUACCAAUUGUUGAGUCAAACUUGUUGUUUGCGUUCCAUAUGAUACCCAAAUGUUUUUCCACGUUAGCACUUCUUUAAUAGGUAGACUACCUAGAACCCAAUUUCUUUCCGGUGUUGGAAUUUUUCUCACUUUCUCUCCAAAUACCAUAGUAACCGUUUUCUUAAUGUUAAAUGUAACUCUCCAAGACCGACUGAAUGUGUUUAAAAUGUCCAAAAGAUGAUCUAACGCUGUUUUCACAACGUUGUGACGGCACAAUAGAGUAAUGUCAACGGCAAAAGUUGGUGAGCCGUAAUAGAUAUUAUACAGGAAAAUUCCCCACUUGCUGUUUUCUAACUCAGAUAUUAAAUCAUUGAUGUAGACUAAGAAUAACCAGGGGGAUAUGAUACCACCUUGUCUAGUACCUUGUAAUGUGUUGUAUUCACGAGAAUACAAACCAUUUACACAAACAACCUCUUUCAUGUUGGUAUACCAGUUUUUUAUAAUACCAGUCUUACCAGUAAUUCCCAUGUGAUGGUAUAACUUGUAAAGCAUUGCGUCUAUCCACAUACGAUCGAACGCUUUGCUGAUAUCAACAAAACAUGUGUAAACCCUGUCCUUAUUUUCACAGCAGUCUCUGAUAGAUUCGUCUAUCAUAAAUUCAGUUGUUAAUGCACUCUGCUCCGUUUGGUAUGCCCCCUGAAGUCGGUGUAUUUUACAAUCAGGCACAGCUAGAAUUCGGUUUAAGACCAGUUUUUGUAGAAUUUUAUCUAACACAGGCAUUAGACUAAUUCCACGAUGAUUAUCAAAUGUCUUCUUUCCUGUGAUAUCUUUUGGAAUUGGGACUUUUACAGCUAACUUAAAGGAGAGUGGGAUGUGCUCCACGCAGACAAUGGCAUUGAGCAAAAGUACUAUGUGAUGUAGAAGAUUAGGGCCACCAUAUUUCACAUGUUCGUAACAAAUUGUAUCGAAGCCGGGUGAUUUACCGUUCGGUAGGUCAUAGAUUACUUGAUUUACCUCGUAGAGUGUAAACGGUUGGGCGAGAACAGUGUUGCUCUCAUCUUCGAGAAGAUCCAAUCGAUGAAUCUCAGAUUCAAUGUCCUUCAGGAAACCACUAUCAAAGAUGUUUUCAUUUUCAUAUCGUUUAAACUCAGGCAAAUCUUCAAAAUAAUUCGCCCACAAACCAGUGAUCUUAUGCGGAUCAUGCUCCAUUUCAUCACCUAUCUCAAGAUUAACGUCACUUAAACGUUUUUAACUUUUAAGCUUUUAUUUUAGUAUGUUUUAGUUUUUUUAAUAAAUUGAUGGUCGAAGUUGCAUAGUCUCUGAUUUUUAAAUUUAUAUAUAUAUAUAUAUAUAUAUAGAUAUAGAUAUAGAUAUAGAUAUAGAUCUUUAAUCUUAAAAUAUAUUUGUCGCUACACUGUGUUUCACGCUUCUUUCGAAGCGAUCUUCAGGCGAUUCUAAUUUAUAUAUAUAUAUAUAAUUUAUAUAUAUAUAAUUUAUAUAUAUAUAAUUUAUAUAUAUAUAUAAUUUAUAUAUAAUUUAUAUUCAUAUAUUGUUAUUUUGUAAGAGUAAUAAAACUGAUUUUGUAGUUUGUUUUGAUGUUUUGCUUCCCAGGCUAAAGUGAUCUAAUGAAUGUUGACGUUCUAUGUGUUUGUAGAAAAUAACUGCAGACACAGUGAAGACAUUCUUCUCUAACUUCCAACAAUUUGGCUAUGCUGUAACAGGAAAUGUUGACACUAACGGUGAUGAGUACCCAGGUUAAUAUUGUUGACAUAUUUAUGUAUAUUGUGUAUCUUUCGAGGGUUUAUAAUUUUUGUUAUUUUUCAGUCGUCGUAUGCGUUUUGAUUGGUUAAUAGCUUACAUCUAAAUAUGGCAAUCAUGCAACCUAUACACAUAACACAGUUAUCUGCCAGCAAAUAAUUGAGUUAUGUGUAGGUUGGGCAAGCGGUAUGUAAUUUAAUAGCAAGCGGCAGUUUUAAAUCCAACGGUGCAGUUAAUUUCAAGUGUGUUUUUUUUUCAUAUCAACGUUAUGACAUCACUCCUUUGUAGGCUAUAUAGUAUGUCAAAACUCCAUAUUUGGUUAGCUACUGAGUUGAUAUGAUGAAUUUCACAGUUGGCUGCUAGCCAAGUGUCAGUUUCGAUAAAUAUAAAGUUUCUGAAACGUUAUCUGACCUAAAAUUUAUUUAAAACACGAGCUUUCGUCUGCCAGCCAGAGAACGUUUCAGAAACUUUAUUAUGAAUCCUGGUCGCGCAUCUAGCAUUUUUAAUAUUCGAUAAAAAUGUUAAAAAGGUUUGCUUUUUGCACACUACGACAGACAUCACUAAAUGUUUUGUCCACAUGACAUAUUUUCACUUUCAAUCUUGGGAUUAAAAUACAGCAACUGUUUACUUUCUCAUUGCCAUUACUCACCUACGGCCGUAUUAUCUUGUAAAUGGGCCUUAAAUAUAUUUUGGUUUUCGAGAUUACUUGUUUUUACCAGUAUUUCAAAUUCUGUUUAGACAUUGCUAUCGGUGCUUGGCAGAGUGACAGAGUUCUGCUGCUAAGGUAUUGUAAAAAUAAGACAUCAUAUUAUAUUCAAAAGCGUUUUCUGUUGACGGCAGUUUCUUGCCCGAAUAAACCCAAAAUAAACAACGUUAAGGUGGCUCCCUAGGUUUUUAUCUUCGUAUAUAUAUAUGUAAAAUAUCGCGCGUAACUCUUGUGACUUCAAAAUACGAACGAACGUUUUUUUAAACAAAUGCGUGAACUUUGCUUUAGUUAAAAGCAUAAAAAGAGUUCUAAAAUCGAUACUUAGACGUGAUGUUUCAGAAAAAGAUAAUGUAAAUUUGUUGGUUUUUUUCAAGCGAUAUUCUGGCCGUUUUUGAUCGCCGUACGCGAGGGUGGCAUCGCGAACAUUGGGAUAUGAUAUAAAGUUUUCUCAAAUAUUUGCAGUGUUUUCUGCACAAUCUAGCAGCACUUCUGACAAUAAAGAUGACUUAAAUAAUGAGCCCUAACCAGUAAUUACCUAAAUAUAUUUGCCAAUUUUUCAUGCAAUAAUCCACGCUUAGUUAGCCUGCAUGGCAGGCGGUACUUAGGUAUUUCCUUUGACUCCCUAAUUUUUGCUGCCUGUAGAAAUACCACCUGCCACGCAGGCUAACGCUUAGUUGACCAUUUUAAUAACCGACAAAGUAAAACUGCAGUAUAUCAAACAUAAUUCAUAUUUUGUAAUUUUAAAAAAAUGAUGCCUUGUUGUUUACGAAAUGCAUGCGGGACCCCACGCGAGAAACUAUUGUACAUGUCAGAUGUGAUAAUUGUUCACGUCACAUCUCGUAAAAAAGCCAUAAUUAAACUUAAAUUUUUCCCUUUUCCUUCGUUAAAACUUUGCACAUUUCUUAAGGCCCUGUCACACUAUUGCGUAUCGUACUAGCGUAUGCCAGCGUAUGAAAAAUAUCACUCGUACGCCGGUAUACGCUGACAUAUGCUAGGGGUACGUUAGGCAUAGGUUUUAUACGUUUCAAGCACGGUCGCAUACGGUGGCAUACGCUGGCAUACGGCGAGGCAGAAAAUUUUUUUUAAGCAUGUUCAAAAAUUUUGUGCGUAUCGGACGUAUGGUUUAUACGAUAAGCAUACUCUAGGCACACGCUGAAUACGCUAGAGGUACACCAGAUGUACGGUACUCAUACGCUGGCAUUUCAAAGGAUUUUUGUGCGUAUGAAAAUUAUUUCAUUAAUUUUUAUACGCUUCUCAUACGUUUCUCUCAUACGCACUAGUGUGACAGGGCCUUAAGGGGCCGCGUCCAUAUUCAUGUUGCCACGCUUAGCGUCAACUGAAAUUGACGUUAGAGUGGGUGGGUGGGUUUUAUCCUAACUUGCCUGACGUUUAUUCGUGGCAUAAUGACAAUUUUGUGAAAAUUUUGAAGAAUUUGAUGUGAACUACAAUGAUGAUAUUUAAAGAAUGUAAUUUUUGCAAAUAUAUCCAUUCAUUCAACAAAGAACAUUAGUUUAAGGUUACAGGACACCCUUUUUGGCGUUUUGCGGAAAAUCGCUACUGCGCGCUCAAUAUCAGUCCGAUUUGAGUCAAAUUUUCACCAAAUGUUCGCCAGUGUAUGCAAAAUAUGGUAAAGUUGUAAAAUUAACAAACAAUAAAAUAAUAUAAGAAUUAUUCAGGAAAAUCUUAAAUCGCGGUACCGUUACGCUUUUGAGUUGUGCUCCUGGCUGCUGGUUCUAAGUUAUAUUUAUGAAAAUAUCAUUUUUAUACAGUAAAAUAGUUGUUCUAAAAAAUUGUGUUCGGAAUUUUUUUGUUUAUUUCGUCAUUCCGCUGAUAUGGCGAUUUCUUUGACGACUGCAAAAUAUUUCUGAAUUGUUUGAGUGAAUUGCUCUUUAUUAUUAAAAUAUCCAAAAUUAAAAAAAAGCCGAACACAAUUUUAUGUCCAUAUUCUAUGUCCUGUGAAAACUUUAGAAAAAUUGGUCAAAACCCGCAGGAGCACAACUCGUUUGAAAAUCAGUAAUUACCGUAAAAUUCUUCGGGAGAAAAUUGAAUUUGAAUAUUACAUUUUCAAUGUUUUUCUUAUUGCAGCGAAAUGUAUUUUAUUUAAAAAUAACUCUGCGAGUUUUCAACAUUUUUCGUUCAAACUUGGUCAGAUAGUAGAACUAGUCUAAUGCUUUCAUGGAAACCAAUAAAAAAAUUUUAGGCAAAAUUAACCCUCAAAGGUGUUCUGUAACCUUAAAGUGCCUAUGACACGAACUUUCACCCCAAAUGUUUAUGAUUGCAUUGUAAAGAUCACUUAAAAUGACUUAAUAAUUUCUUUUAUAGAAUUUUGGUAACUUGCUUCCUUUGCAAGAUAUUCAACUUUGUUUCAUAUGCAAAUAUCACCGGUGUGACAUCACAUCGCAUAAUGACAUUUUGAAAACGCAAUAUUUUACCUUGAUAAAAUAUUUUACAAACAAAUACAAAGGGUUAAUUACCAGUUAUGAAAUUAAUACAUAUACAAGAGCGAUUUUUAAGUUUUUUAGAUACGUAUUCGUCAAGAAGACUAUACGUUUCUGAAAACUCAUUAUGUGAUGUGAUGUCACACCGGUGAUAUUUGCAUAUGAAACAAAGUUGAUUUACCAAAAUUCUAUAAAAGAAAUUAUUAAGUCAUUUUAAGUGAUCUUUACAAUGCAACCGUAAACCUUUGGGGUGAAAUUUCGUGUCAUAAGCACUUUAAAGAACGAUUUAUAGUUAAUAUAAAAUAGUAGCGAGUGGAAAGUACAAAACUUACAAAAGUUGAAAACAGAAACUGAACAAGUGUUUCUGUGUUAUUUAGCAAGUGUUUUAUUUACAAUAUUGCAUCUUACAAGUUGUAUAGUCUGCUGGGUUAUGUUGUAAAAUUCCUAAAGAUCAUCAAUUCAUAAUAAACUCUCGCUAUUUCCUGGCUAAAACAUGACUGCCACGCUUGACGUUAAUGAGGGAGGGUGGGUUUACCUGUAACGUCAAUUUGACGCUAAGCGUGGCAACAUGAAUAUGGACGCGGUCCCUUAAUAUCGGCUCAACAAAUGCAAUAGCCUUUUUUCUUAAAAUUCUAUCGAAGGGGAAUUUUUUAAUAUUGAUUUUUGACUUUUAUAUUUUCUAAAAAACGUAUCCAUAGAAUUUUUUAAAUUUGAAGAAAAAAAAUCAUUAUACCAGUAUUAUCUUUUAUGGGCAAAUUUUAAAAAAAUUUACCGAACGGAAUUUUUAAAACGGCCUGAAAAAGACAAAUUUUGAGCUUUAUUCUAAGCACGCUGUUGUCAUGGUAACAGGCUUUCAAAACAAAUAUAGCAAAUUCCAAUGUUCAGGAGAGCAUUAUCAAUGUGUCCAAUACAUUUCGUCUUCAUGUCAUGUAAAGUGAAGAAACAAGAGUCUCCUGAAUACUAUAGUGUAGUAUAAUGAAAAACCCUAGGGAGCCCAUUUUCCAUGCACAUUCGAAUUUGUUCGCGCGAACAGUAAAAAGUAGGAACUGAUCCAACUUUUUCACGGCGAAUUAUUUCGCUAUCACGUUACCAAUAUUUGUUUUUCGCUUUGCGCGACCAAAUUCGCCUAGUGGAAAAUGGGUUUUAGUAGAGAAUAAAAACGUUCGGGUUGUCAUAAUGUUGUAAUCGCGACAAGUUUCCAGCAAGAUAUUUCAUACUUUUACGAAAAGAUCCUCACUCGUAUAAACUUGUUGCACAUGGCUCAAGCAAAAAUGUCGCUAUGGAAACUAGUGGAGGACACUCGGGAGGGUGGAGGCGUCCCCUCCCCAGUCUCAGUAAUUUAGAAAAGCCUUGAAUGAGCCUGUGCAUGACAAAUCGGACAUAAUGGAUCUACCACCGUGAAAGCAUUCGUGGAGUAUUAUUGAAGCAAAUUUGUGCUAAAUUAUAGCCAAAUUUGUUUGAGAAAUUUUUUCUGGAAGAGCAGGAAUACAUAAUCUCCAUACAGUUACAUCAAAGCAGUCAGUGUAGAAACACGCAAGGCAAGUAAUGUGCAUACAGUUAUAUCAAAGUGGUCAGUGUUGGUCAGUGCAGAAAACACGCGAUGCAAAAAAACACGCGGGAGAAAGCGAGGAGAGCAAAUUUAAUCAUAAACUCGAGUAAUUUUUAUGGAUGAAAUUUUUUCUGGUCAGAGAACGACUCCUUUCAAGUAAUUAUACUCAAAAUUCUGUGUCAUCGUGGGCGCAUUAUUUUACUCCGGUUCUUGAAUCAAAAUUGUGAGUCAUUGUGGAAAAGUGUGAAUCUAUUUAACUGUUCGUUUUUAAUGCAUAUUUGUUGAUGUAAUUAAUAUUAUAUAGAAAAUUUUAGAUUUUUCUUGCAACGUAUACGACAUGUGAAAACGCUUAGCUGAAAUGCAAUCCUUAAAGUUGCUACAUUUUGGUAAAAAUGACAUACUAUCAUCUUCUGCAGGACUCGACCAGUCAUGGACUUGAAAGCAACCAUGACACUGAGCAAGAAUGAAAUCCCUGUCGAUAAUUUCACGGCAGACUGUGCCGACAAUACAAACCAACAAUGGUAAGAUGCG